AUGAUGUUCUCCAAAUCUCUUGGCUUGGCUACUGCCUUGGCCACUAUGGCCUCAGCCCUGCCCUCGGGCAUGCUGGAGAGACGCACCGCCGCAGCCCCCUCCAACGGCGUCCUCAUCAUCAACAAUCUCAACCAGGACAUCUACGCCUGGUCAGUCGACACCACAUCAAAAGAACCGGCCAAGAUGAUCACGCUCUCGGCCCACGGCGGCACCUACGUGGAGAACUAUAGGACCCUGGCCUCCGGCGGCGUCUCUAUCAAGCUGGCCACCGAGCCCAGCCAGGAUGACGUGCUCCAGUUCGAGUACACCCCGACUGCCGAGCAGAUCUUCUGGGACCUGUCCUGCAUCAACAUGAAAACCGGGGGCUCCAAGUUCACCCAGCUCGGCUACAACGUCAAGCCCUCUAGCAUUAUUCCUGGCUCGUGCCCCGAGGUGAACUGCGCUGCUGGUAACAGCCACUGCGAGGGCGCUUACAAUGUCUGGAACGAUGACCAUGCUACCCACGGCUGCCCGCUCAACACGGGCUUGACUAUGACCAUUGGCCAGUCCGGUAAUGGUAGCCAGACGACCGGACUGCCUGGUGGCCAGCAGACUGCGCAGCCGACUGUGCAGCCGAGUGCUCAACCUUGGAUUCAGCCUGCUGGUCAGCCGGCCCAGUAA